AUGGCCGUUAAGCUCAACUUUUACUUAUUAAAAAUUUUCUUUGAGUAUUGUGAAUUAUGCUUUUUACAGAUCGCUGUCAUAGUGUGCCUAUUUGGUCUGGCGCGUGGCGGGAACCUUGCCGGUGGACUAAGUCUGGGUCAACAUGGCUUAGGAUAUGGAUCCAAUCCAGGCCUUAGAUCAGGUCUAGGAUACGGUACGAGCCUCGGACAAGGAUUAGAACUCGGAUAUGGCACAAACCUUGGCCUUCAAUCCAAACUAGGUUACGGAACAAAUAACUUAGGAUAUGGAAAUGGGUGGCAAAAUUAUGGAUCCGGAUCAUAUGGCCACGGUGGUUAUGGAUCCGGUUCUGCUGGUUUUGCCGGACCCGCUAUUUCUACUGUAUCUAUCAAGAAAUACUCAGGAACCGCCGUGCCCUAUUCUACAGGAUUUGGAGGACACGGAGCAUAUGGCUCGGGUUCCCACGGAUACGGUUAUGGUGGUCUUGGUGCUUACGGCGGUAUUGCAGGUUAUGGAAACACGGGUUUAACCGGAGCUGCUACUUCUACUGUAUCCAUCAAAAAAUACUCAGGACCCGCUGUACCCUAUUCCACAGGAUUUGGAGGACACGGAGCUCAUGACUUAGGUUCCCAAGGAUACGGUUAUAAUGGUCUAGGUGGUUUUUCUGGACCCGCUUUUUCUUCUGUAUCUAUCAAGAAAUAUUUGGGGCCUGAAGUACCCUACUCCUCAGGACAUGGUGGAUACGGAGCCCAUAAUGCACUUGGUCAAGGAUACGGCGGUCAUAGAUACGGUACUGGUAGUUAUGGAAACAAGUGGUGA